CCGCUGACCACGCCUCCAUUUUCAUUCCGACAAAACUUCUUCAAAAGAGUGAGCUCGUGAUCUUCUAAUUUCCACCGCACUGAUAACUGAGAAACUAUGAGUUUCUUUACAAGCCACUAAAUUUUGCACACCACAUUCCGAUCGAUUCUCAGCCCGCCAGCGAUCACAAUGAAAUCUCCUCAGCAGGAGACGUACAAUAUUCCGGAGAGGCAGAUGUUCAAGACCGUCUUUUUUUACUGCGUGCUCAUCAUCGUCGCCCCGGUCGCCUCUUUUUUUGUGAGCAAGUAUUGUCUUUUUGACGUUCUCAUGGGUGAAAGUGUCGCCAGCAAUGUUUGGUCGGCGUUGACCUCGGUGGCAGUUUUGCACGCUGCCCUUGCCCUCUUCAUUUACCGGGCCUACGCUGAAGUCAGCACGGCGAAGCAACCCGCUAAGCAAGAUUAAGAGCUGCUCCCUGAAAGUCUGUUGUUUUGUAUAUAAGUCGUGUUUUUUGUCAGGUGUAUUGAUCAAUAAAAUUAAUAUAUAACUUCUGGAACCAUCGGCAGUAUAAAU